AUGGUGUAUGGGGUGGCUCUUUUCUCUCCAGAAGAUAGUGCUCAAGCGCAGGAAACGGAGCGAGAGCGUCUGGUGCUGCUCUCGCAGAUUCAAGAUGCAGAAACGCACAGUUCACACAGACAGAGGCCAUGGAUAGCGUCUCUGAAAGACCGUUAUAACAACAUUGUGCAAACGCAAAUUGACUCGCUGCGAGGGCCGCUGCCAGACCCUAUUAAUCACCUCCCGAUAGAGAUCUGGGUCGUGUUGCUCAAGGAACUCGUGUACCGGGAGAAUGGAACGUCUGUCCAGGACUUAUUAGGACUCACGCUGGUCAGUGCGAGAUGGCGGGCGUGUAUUAUGGACGUCAAAGAUAUCUGGGCAGACAUAAGCAUUGGCCCGGGCCUCUCUGACUCAGAUUUGGAGGCAAGAUUAUAUCUUGGCCUCUAUCUUUCGAGAAACCACCCACUUACACUACAUAUCGACCAUCCUACGCGAGAUUGGGAUAAGAUACUGUCCAUAAUUCGACCUCACACACAAAGAAUACGGUCAAUCACUAUUCGGAGACCGUUGAUGAAGUCGAACGAGGAGCUCGAUCCAGAAGACCCCUCGCUUUACACCCUGCUUGACACUCUUGGUCAUCUUCCCAAUCUGGAAGAGUUGAGAUUGGAUGGCAUGUAUCGUAUGUUUCCCAGAGAAUGGGUUGUGUUACGAAAUAUGCCCCGUCUCAAGAGCAUACUUGGCGAGUCAUUGCCAUUUCACGCAGUGAUGGACAAUGACCUCCGGUAUUUACAAGAGUUGAAUACAAACUCGACGGUCAACCGAUGGUUCAUGGUCAUGGCGCGGUUUCCUCAUCUGACACACCUAUGGCUCGACGACGCCGACGACGUUGCCGAGUACGGGUGGUCAAUUGAUACUCGGAAAGAGGAUAGCCUGAGAUAUGAACUCGACCAACCGCUUCCUCCGCCGCUGGAAAAGCUCGAUCUGCUUCAUUAUCAGAAGCAUCACGAUCACCGCAUCGCCGACCUAAUUCGACUCUGUCCCAACAUUACACGACUCACAGUCUCAGUCAGUUGGAAGCUGCUCUCUCAGCUGUUGUCGGUGAUUGGGGGGCUUCGAAACUUGAUGGAGCUUAGCCUCUACAUCAAGUAUAUCACUCCCAAGAUGAAUAAAUUUGAUCUAGUGACGGAAGACGCCCCCCAAAAUCUCCGUCUUUUCAGCAUUUCCUUUUCGACUUACGAAGUCCGAUCAAUGCCAGAGGACGAAUCACCCUCUCAGGCCGAAAAGACAGCCAAACUCCUUCACAUCUUCAAGGGCUCUUCGCACUUGGAGGAGCUAAUACUUCAUGCUUGUCAUGACCAUACCUUUCCUUUCUCGCUGGUCCCCACUUUGUCGGGAUUACGGACCCUUCAUCUGGAUCUCACAAGCCUAACAGCCAAGGAGACCCCUCGGAUUCUCUCUAGAUCCCUGGAGAAUCUGCUACUCUUUCUACCAUCAGAGCUGAUGCCUUUGGCCGUCUCGCAGCUUGACUGCCCCAAUCUGGUCGCCAUUCAAUUCUUUGAAGAUCUCUCUUCAAAGAUUGGAGUACCUUCGAGCGUUACCUUUGAUUCAUCGGCGUACCAGAACCUAUUCAGUAUCACCUGGGGCUUCAGAGAGCUCCGGUGGGAAGUCACAUCACUACAGUCCCUGAAGCUCAUUACUUUCACUGCAGCAAGCGCUAAAAUAUCAAACGAAUUUUUGCUCCAUCUCAUUCUAUAUCCCAAACACUGCCCGACUCUGGAACAAAUCGAGUUUCAAGCGUACCCCGAAUGGGACCUCUUAUUCCUGAUGCUCGAACGUCGGAAUUUCUUGCAAGAUAGGGAUGUGACGAGCAUCAGAACCAUUGGGCUACCCACGACAAUUGGAUUAAUUCUCCGUGAGCCUUUGCUCGAGCUACUCCGAGGCCGAUACGCAAAGCGUUUAUCGAAUUUUGAGAUUUCAAUGGCAGGAUUAGCCGAAAUAUACUUUGAUCGCAACAUACCGGGAUGUCAGCUCUGCAGUCUCUCCAUGCACGCCUGCAAGGAGCCAGUAUAUUUCAGAGGAAUGAGUGACUCGACAUUUAGGGACCCAGUUACAAACCCUCUCUCCUGUGAAGAGGUUCGAGCCGUCCUCGCCGACCCGCCAUUGCCAACAGCGGUCCUUGAAUGGCUUUGUCACAAGAAGCCGAAGUUGGAUACUUGGACAAAGCUCGCAGGCACUGCAUAUGACUGGAGUCGAGAGUCAGUAUGUGACAAGCACGAACUUAAUAUCAACUACAUCUUCUCAGGAUAUGUGUUUAGCAAGAAGAUGGUCCGAAAGUCUGCGGCUACUACGAUCACGUUUGCCUCGGAUGAGCCAUUUGAAAAGGCAGCAGAAUCAUUUGCGACAUGGGACACGGAGAGAAUGAAUCCCCAUUCUCGUCCAAUUGUUUCCUACUACUUUCCAAAGGGUGUUGGAGAAUAUCAUUAUGGCGAUACACACCCAAUGAAACCUCAUCGUCUUACUCUCACAAAUUCUCUCGUGAUCAGUUACAAGCUCGACGCUCUUAUUGACCAAAUUCAUGAUUCGCUUCCGGCAACGAGACAAGAACUUGAGACCUACCAUGAUCCACGGUAUCUCAAUCUAUUGGAAACUCGAACCAAGGCAGCCCAAAAAGUACUGAGUGACAUAGAAUUGAACUCGCCGACUGACACUUCCCAUCUGCCGAGCAAGAGAGCCCAAGCACGCCACUCGUCCAUCGGCGAUUUGUACGAGCAAGAAAUAUUCACAGACGACUGUCCUGUGUUUGGCGGGAUGGACACAUUUUUCAAGCAAUACGCCGGCGGGUCCCUCGCAGGUGCUAGAAGUGUUGUUCAAGGCCAAUCUGAUAUUGCCAUCAAUUGGUCUGGUGGUCUUCACCACGCCAAGAAGUCGGAACCAAGCGGUUUUUGUUACAUCAACGAUAUCGUACUCGCAAUCUUAGAGAUGCUCAGAUAUCAUGCUCGCGUGCUGUACAUUGACAUUGACAUUCAUCACGGUGAUGGUGUUGAGCAAGCGUUUUAUCACUCAAAUCGUGUCUACACCGUCUCUUUUCACAAAUAUAACGGACAAUUUUUCCCUGGUACCGGGAAAUUCACCGACACAGGAAGCGGACACGGGAAACAUUUCUGCACCAAUAUCCCUCUCGCCGACGGAAUCGACGACACCGCAUAUGUGACGCUAUUCCGACAAGUCAUGGAAGCAGUGAUCACAAGUUUCCAACCUUCUUCCAUCGUCCUACAGUGCGGUGCCGACUCGCUUGGAAACGACAAGCUCGGUGCGUUCAACCUAUCUAUCCACGCACACGGCGAGUGCGUCAGGUUCAUCAAGAACUUUAAUCUACCACUUCUCGUACUAGGAGGUGGAGGAUACACGAUCCACAACGUCGCUCGAUGUUGGACGUAUGAGACAGGCGUCCUUGUCGGUGCCCAUCUUCCCAACACACUUCCCAUUGGGCCAUACCUGUGCUACUUCCAACCAGACUUUGUUCUUCAUCCCCAGCUUGCGUCAAAACAUACGAAUAAUGAAAAUUCUCCAGCUGCGUUGCGGAACAUGGUCGCCAAUGUUCUCACCCGCCUACGUUACCUGCAAGGUGCACCCAGUGUCGGUGCCGAUAUCCUACCACCGCACCUCAAAGACUGGUUGGAGGCCGAAGCGAACAGGGAUAGCGAUAUGCAAGAUGAAGCGAAGGAAGGAGACGAUGUGCGCCAUCGACAGACGAGUGAAUGA